ACAUGAUGCGAAUAAUUCACUUAAAGCAAUAUCAUCUAUUGAACCAAAUUUGAUUAUACCUAAUGUCGUACAAAGUAUAUUUGCUCAAUUCGCAUUUUUCCUAUUGGCUAUCCUGUUACCUCGAAGUUUAGAAUAUCAAUGUAGAUUAAUGAGUCAAUGGAAAAUGAAAAGUCAGUCUACUUUAGACAAGCUGUCAUUAACAAGUUUAGCAUUGGCACGUUUACUCAUUUCCAUUGUACCACGUUUUGUGAUUGCUAAAAUAUCAAAUCCAGAAAGACCAAUGGAAAUCUAUAGUAAAUCACAUCAGAAUAUUGGUAUAAUUUUAAUCAAUUUUAUUAUAAUCCCAUCAAAACCACCACCGCCGACACAACAACAACAACAACAAAAGCUGACAACUAAUUCAUCUCAUAACACAAAUACAUCCACAACAACAACAAUGAAGGAUUCAGACAAUAAGUCAUCAAAAUUAUUAACAAAUAAUGAAGAACCAACAGAGAUUGCUGAUCGUAUACGUUUGUUAAAUCGUGUUGUUCAAUUGGUUGAUUCACUUGCUGUUGGAGAACGCCAGAACACAGUUGCAGCAACAACAACCAUAGAUGUUGGUGGUGCUUAUUCAUUGAAUAAAAAUUCUGUAAAUAAUGAUAAAAUAUUUUCUUCAUUACCAAUGUCAUCAUCAUCAACAACAUCAACAACAUGUUCACCGAUAGAAUCAUCUAAAUUAAAUCUUGUUAAAAUUUAUACCGGAGGAACAAUGGUCGGAUAUGCGUAUGGACUAGGAACACUGGAAAAUUCUGUGAGUGAGAAUUAA